AUGAAAAUUGAAAAAAAAAAAGAAUUCAAAAAAAAAUUAAUAACAUCUUGUUCCCUUUUACAAGUAUCAGAACCUCUUAAAAUAAUUGUUGAUGAAACAUUUUUAAAUAUUUGUAUCAUUCAUAAAAUUCCAUUAAAAGAUGAAUUAAACAAAUUAAUGAACAGACAAAUCAUAAUUAUGACAACAAAAUGUAUAUCAAAUUAUACAAAAGGAAUAAAUAAUGAAGAAACGGCAUAUGGUAUUAGAAAAAUAUCACACUAUAAAUGUAAUCAUAAUGAAAAAAAUAUCAUGAAUUCUGUUAAUGAAUAUAUUAAAAAAAUUAAAAAAGAAAAUAAUCAUAUUUUUUCUCCAAAUCAUUUUUUUGAAAAUCAAAUACAAGCAACUCACAACUUUGACAAUAUAUAUAAUGAUCAGAUUGGAGUUGCAAAAACGGAGGACACUUGCCAAAAUGAAGAAAAAAAUGACGAAAAAAACGAAGUAAACGACGAAAAAAACGAAGUAAACGACGAAAAAAACGACGAAACUGAUGGCUUGUCUGACUCUAUGAAAUGCAUAAUCGAUUUAGUAAAAAAUAAUAAUGAAAAAAAGUUUUUUAUUGCCACAAACAAUUUGCCGCUACGAGCUUAUCUAAGAAAAAUAUUUUUAGUCCCUAUUUUGUAUGUUAGCGAAAGUGGAGUAAUAAAGAUGGAAGAUAUAUCAACAAAAAAUAUGUUAAAAAAAAAAAAUGUGGAAUUAAAAAAAAUGAAGAUGCUUAAAUGGGAACGAGAUUUAAAAAUGGCUGAGCAACGGAAAAAUAAAGAUGCCUCCAAAACAAAUCCAAAAAAAAAAAAAAUAAAGAAAAAUAAGAAAAAUAAACAUUAA